CCUUGCUUUGCUCAUCCAGCAGUCAUCGGAAGUAGUCUCACCGAGUCAAUUCAACCACGAAAGAUGCAGUCCCUUCCCCUCCACCCCCAGCCCAUCGAGACCCCCUCCCCUUCGGAGAUCCUCUUGCUGCCCUCGGGCGAGAAGGGGUACCACUGGGUCCUCUCCGAUGCGGAACGGAACCACAUCGCCACCAUGCUUGCUGUCGAAGACACCCAUCGCCUCACUCUCCGCGGAACCCGCAUGAUGCAGGACCGUGCGAUUUGUGCGGGUUGCGGCAAGCACUCCGGCCUGGAUGAUCUCGUGCACAAUGCGCUGUAUGGGGGCGUCCACACCACGCAGUUCAUGCUGGAUGUGCUGGUCCACGGACCCAAGGCCAAUAGUCCGGGCCAUCAGAUCAUCUGCUCGGGGUGUGGACGUGUGCAUGAUGGGUUGUUCUACUGGAUUCCUGCACUAACCUGGAUGUGA